GUUUACACAAUUGUUGUAUGGCAACAGCGGUAGUUUGGAAGUUACAUCUCUAUCAGUUCCCCUCUGCCGCUAAAAAGGACUCAAAACACACAAACAAGUUGUUGUCCCAAAUACGUGAAGCUCUAUUCGUUACAACUCUGUGCUCAGUGGUUGGUACCUAGUGGGCCGAGCUUGUUGGACCCUCCAUACGGAGCCAUGGAAAUGGUCACGUCAGAAGCCCACUCUCCAUAUAUGCACCUGUUCCUCUACGUCACACCAAGGUCCAGACCGAAAAGCUUGUGAUCGCUUUCCGAAGGGGAGCAUGUGCGUAGAUAGUACACCGGCUAUAAAUCCUACUCCAUGGAUUCUAGCUCCAUUCAGCUCACUGUGCGCACACAGGAUAAACUCCUUUCUUCAUUACGACAUGGAGGACGUGGGUCGCCAUGCAGCUUCGUUGCUGGCGAGUCUGAACCACCAACGAGAACAAGCGAACUUGUGUGACUGCGUGCUCAGACAGCGAGAGGACCCUGCUCAUCUCUAUCCAGCACACAAAUGUAUUCUGGCUGCCUCCAGUCCAGUUCUGGCCAGUAUCCUCUCCACGACAGGUUCCUUGGUGGAUCUCCAGGCUCCGUGUCUGGCCCACUCGGUCCUGGAGCUUGUGUUGGACUUUAUUUAUACGGGAGUUCUGCCUCCCGCUCAGAGUUGGCAACAGUACUGCGAUCUACUUGCUGCUGCCCACCUCUUGGAGAUGGAGCAACUGCGGGAAGUUCUAAUGAACACUCCACCGAUGGAAGGGAAUGACGCAAACAGAGCCUCUCGUGAACCUUUGAGGACUUGCGAAAGUCUUUUUCCUCAGGAGUUAGAUCGCAAUGUAACAUACACCGCUGAUUUGUCAAGCACAAACACAGAGAAGUGGCUACGAGCACAAGAAGACCAAAAACAUGUGCUCCAAUUUACAGCCAAUGUGGACGUCGGUUCUUUAUCUUCCUCUUCUCUGUGCAGUGGGGCAGUACCGGUCAUACGUCACAGCGGCAGAUCUGCAACUUUGCCAUCGGGCCUCCAAGUGGCUUCUUGGGAGGAGACUCACCAGUGCAGACGCAAGCAUUGUAUCGAUGACUCACAGGAAAUACCUCUUGCGAAAGACUUCUAUGCACGGGGAUACUGUGAAAAUCAGAGUGGAAGAAAGGGUGAACAUGACAGGGAGAACCUGGAAGACAAUUGUGGACUUGCCGAGACAAGAACACAGCAGCAGGAGGAAUCCAAGCAGUCGCGACGUGAGCCGCUCGCCAACAACGGGUACACUGAAGUCACACAUCCACACCUAAGUGACAACAACGUGCUUCAUCCUGAGGAGAUGUCUUACCAAGGAGGCCUUCAUCAUCCCACAUCCAGUUCAUCAGAGCAGUGCGGUGAUGAAGAAGAGACCGGGGUCUCCAGCGGUUUCGAACCUGUAAACCAAACAUCCGGUCUUCUUCUUCUGGGCGAGACAUUGGUACAAGAAACAGUGUCUGUAAUUGAUCACAGUCACACAAACAAAGAUCGCGCUGGGGCUUCAUCUCAUGAUGCUAAUGGGCAUUUAGCGGUGAGGGAACAACAUGUGAGGUGUAAAGAGGCCUACACAGCUCCCACCAUGCACAAUCACAUUCAAGCGUCAACGUCCACGCCCAGCCCGCCGCGGCCCCGCCGCCACCCGUUUCAGUGUUCGUUGUGCACGCGCUCCUUCAGCCAGCGCGGCACCUUGAACAGACACAUGCGCACUCACCUGGGGGUAAGGCCCUUCCCCUGUCCGAGGUGCCCGAUGACCUUUUCCCGCCAGUACCGCGUGACGGAGCACAUGCGCGUACACCAGCGCUGCAGCGACCUCCCGAGUGACUUUAGCAAGUCUUCUGUCUCCUCGAUUUGAUGCGCAACACAAAGAGGACUCUUUUGUUGGUUUGUUUAGUGCUAAGCAUCCUCAGUUGGCGGACUUCGGUCUCUGUACUGUUUAACUUCACUAUUACAAGAUGACAUUGUUAUUUAUUUGAUUUAUUAUUGAUGAUUUCUCCACUGCUUCCAAUACGUCUGCGUGGAAGUUAGAUUGUUUUGCCCAAUCAGAUUUUAGCCUCCAUGUGUUGCCUUGUCACUCUAAUCUGUCAGAGCGUUCAAAAUCAGUAGGGAUGAUCGAUGCAAUUUAAAACUAUAUUAGCAUUGGUACUAUUUCUUUAACCAAUUAGAUUUGAAUUUGUCCUCACAGGGCCUGCUAGCUGGCCCACAAUAAUAUCUGCUUUUUCCAUUUGUUGGUCAAAGACGAGCCAAACACGUCUGUAGCAAUCUGCACGUAUCAAUACAUUUAAUAAUC